GAGACCGAGCGCUUAGUGAACACAGCAUUCACUUCCCAUUGUGUCCGUUCAUAAUGGAGAUGGAUGUCGGGAAUGUGCCCAUCGGUAGAGAUCCCAUUCGGGACCCUAAGGCCAGACACGAUGUCUGCGGGAAUAUGAGUUCAUAUGGAGACACGAAUUCAGUGCUGAACUCAAUUUCGAUCAAUAGAAGAGAUGUCGAUAUGAAGGCAUUGGAUACCCAUAUGAGUGAAUUUGGAGUCCAGCCCCACAACGGACCCAAAAAUCCCGAAUAUAACUCGAUUGAUGCCCGAAAGCGUUCCUAUUAUAUCAAUGGUUGGGAUCAAUCCAUUCCCGUAUCAAUGGAUAGCUUAGCUGAGGCCGGCUUUUUCUCAGUCGGAAUGAGUGAUUACACGAAGUGUUUCUACUGUGACGGCGGUCUGUCUAAUUGGGAGCCGGGAGACGAGCCGUGGACAGAACACGCCAAAUGG